AUGGUGAUGGAGGUUAGGAUGACUUUCGACGAGGCAGAGUUUUUCCAGCCAUAUCCGCCUAACGUGUCUGGUUCUGUAGAUGUGAACGCUUACCUUUUGGCUCCUAGAAAAGAAGUCAACUUAUCACCUGGUCAAGUCAACGCUUUCAUCUGGUGUCUUCUAAUUGGUUUCACGGGAUGGCUGCUUCACUGGCUUCUCGCCUACGUCUCUUUAUGGCGGCGGGGAAACCAGUUCCCUGGUCCCAAGGGUCACUUCCUCUGGGGAAACACGUCAGAGCUCAUGGGAGCUGGAAGCGUCACCGACCUUAUUGCAAGGCUUCACUCGGAGUACGGUCCCGUUGUAAGGCUCUGGAUGAGCCCGACGAAGCUGCUUAUAUCGAUUCGCGAACCGACGCAGGUUCGCAAGGUGCUUAUGCGAGCUCUUGAACGACCGCCUGCCUUUAGCCGAAUUAUGGCUCGCUGCCUCGGAGCCGAAUCCACUCGCUUCUCAUCCCUCAUGCAACCGCGAGAUCGCAGGUCCUUCUUGGAUUACCACUGCCAUACUACACUCAAGUUUCAGGUUCAUGAGGUGACGUCAACUGUCGUUCACAUGACGUCACGCCACUGGACGUCCGUGGCCGGGUCUGGCGGGGAGAUUGACGUGGGUGGUGUAGCUAGGGAUAUGGCCGUUGGUGUGCUAGGCGGGUCUCUUUUUGGUAGCGGGUUUCCUAUGUCGAGGAUCCACGCUCGUUUACAGGUUUUAUUGGAGAAGGUAGCUGCAGGAUCUCAGAAGUUUUCGCGGUUCCCAGUCGAGCCGUUCUGGCUUCCGUCGUAUUGGCAGUUUUCCCGCGUUUGCGACGAGUUUCGCGAAGUCAUGCGAAGACUUAUGUCAGGCGAAUGCGAGGGCGUCAAGUGCGAGUUACUCGACGUUGGUGUAGCCAAUUUGAGCACUAGAGGCGACGACACGGGGAACUCUGGAUGCGAAGGGGAUGGAGCCUUGCAAAAUCCCGUCGCCGCCGCUGCUGCUUCCGGUGGUGUUGGUCUUGUUUCCGGCGUCAACAUCGGUGCUGGUGUUGACGCUGCUGCUGCUGCCGCUUCUUCCUCUUCCCCCACGCGCCGGGUCAUCGCGCAACAAGCGCCUCACGAGGGUUUUCUCUCCGCCAUGCUGUCGGAACGGUCCCGUUAUGGGCAACCGCUUUAUAACGAGACGACAGCAUUGGCCGAAGCUGCCUCCCUCAUGCUUCACGGUCACCUCUCGGUUCCCGGGCUGUUGGAGCGAGUGCUUGUCGCUCUAGCCGCGCACCCCGAUAUACAGGACAAAGUCGUACAGGAAAUUCGCACGGUAGCGAAUGGUGGGGCGCCUACUGACGAGGAUCUGCAGAAGCUGGCUUAUCUGAACGCGGUUAUAUACGAGACGUCCCGAUUGAUGCCGUGUCAGCCGCUAGUCACUAGAUGCGCGCUCUCAGAAAAUAUACGUCUGCCUGUCUCUCCGUCACCCCAGCUUUGUAGCAGCAGCGACGGAGGGUUUCGUUCUUCGAGUGAGGGCUCUUCUCGUGGAGAUGUGCAGGGCAGUGGGGAUGUUGACGAUACGCGGUUUCUUUCGGUUCCCUCAGAGACCGUUUUGGCGCUGCCCAUGCACCUCCUGCAAACGGAUCCUUCGUUUUGGGGCGACGACGCGUUGGAAUUCCGGCCUGAGCGCUUCAUUCGGUUCAGAAUGCAGCAGGAGAAGAGCGACAAGCAGGGAGAGCAUUUCCUCAUGUUUGGAGGCGGGCCACGGUCGUGCGUGGGGCUGCGAUUCUCUUUCAAGAUCGUGCGCGCUGUUGUGGCGCUGCUGUUACACCAGUUUGAGAUCUCCCUGUCGCCUGGCAUGCCCCAUGCAUUCUCCUCUCAGCUCUACAACCUCGCUCUCCAUCUCUCUCCGUCCCCAAGAAUUAGAGUCUCCAUGCGCACGCCCAUCCCUGCCAUGGACCCAUGCGACACUCUUGCUCCUGCUGACGUUGCUCCUGCUGACAAUGACCUCACAGCAAGUUUUUAG